AUGACUACUAUUCCUCGACCCAACCUUUUCUCUCGAAUAUGGACGUUUUACACCACAUCGCUGCGCGAGAGACCGCUACGUACCAAGAUGGUCCAGAGUGGGGUACUAUACAUAUCGGCUGACCUGGUCGCACAGCUGGGUAUAGAAGGGAAAUCGAUAAGGCGGAGUAUGGAAGGUGAACAAGGGGAGGAGGUCUAUGAUCCUAUACGUACAGCAAGAUUAUCGAUAUAUGGAUCUACAGUGUUCGCACCACUGGCUCAUUAUUGGUUGAAUAACGUGGAACGUAUAGCUCUAUCAUCCAAACUGAAGACUCUCGUAGCUAAAUUAUCAUUAGAUAUCUGCCUUUGGUCACCAUUCGUCACUUUCAUGUUUCCCACUUGUCUGGGUCUACUGGAGGGUAAGAGUAUUGAUGAAGUAAGGAAGAAGGUCGCUCAUGGCUGGUUUCCGACAUGGCAAAAAGCUGUAUGCGUUUUUGGACCCACUCAAAUAAUAAAUUUCAGCUUGGUUCCUACUCAACAUCGAUUACUUACCGUCCAGUCGGUCGGUCUAUGUUGGAAUAUCUUCCUGUCAUGGCAAAAUAAUAGGAACAAUAAAUUAUUGGCUGCUGCUCAAGAACAUCUGUUGAAUGCCCAAGAACAUAUGCUAGAUAUGGGUGUCAGGCCGGAACAUGUGACUAGAGUGGAGUUGACAGAAGAAGAGGUUCGAUCAAAACGGGAUUUGGAAUUGGCGGAGAAAGAGGUUGAAGAUGCUGAGAAGAGGAGGAAGGGGUUGAAAGAUCAGGCGGGAGAGAUGGGCGUGGGAGUUAAGAUGGCUUGGUCUUAA